UUGUUUUGAAUAGGGGUUUUCAGCUGUGGUUGCACUCUGCUCUGUUGAAGAAGAGAAAGCGAAGCUCUUUAGAGAUGACUAUGUUAGUGAAUCAGUUUAAAGUGUCUAUGGAGACAGAGAAGUUUCUAUGCCACCGUUUGAUGGAUCAAAGCCAGUCAAUUUCCGAGCGUUUCAGAGCUCUCUUUUCUCUUCGUAAUCUCCGUGGGUCUGGCCCUCGCAAUGCACUCAUAUCUGCAACAAGGGAUCCUUCAAAUCUUCUGGCCCAUGAGGCUGCGUUUGCUUUGGGUCAGAUGCAAGAUGCAGAUGCCAUCCCUGCUCUGGAAGCGGUUCUCAAUGAUUUUUCUUUGCAUCCUAUAGUUCGACAUGAGGCUGCAGAAGCACUUGGUGCAAUUGGUCUAGAUUCCAAUAUUCCUCUUUUGAGGAAUAGCUUGGUAUUAGAUCCAGCUCAAGAAGUUCGAGAAACUUGUGAAUUGGCUCUUAGCAGAAUCGAGGAAAUGAAGAAUAGUAAAAAUUCUAUAACAAAUCCAUCACCUUUUUUGUCAGUUGACCCAGCUGCAGCUGCAUGUUAUUCUUCUUUGGAAGAUUUAAGGGAUCUUCUUCAUAAUGAAGACAAAAAUAUGUAUGAGCGUUAUGCUGCACUUUUUGCCCUUAGAAACCUUGGAGGCGAUAAAGCUAUUGCUGCUAUUAUUGGCUCGUUGAGCUCUAAAAGCGCUCUUUUGAAACACGAGGUUGCUUAUGUUUUGGGCCAAUUGCAAGAUAAGGCUGCUUCAGAAGCACUUUCCAGGAUUCUUAUGGAUGUAAAUGAGCACCCUAUGGUUAGGCAUGAAGCUGCUGAAGCUCUUGGUUCUAUUGCAGAUGAGCAAUGUAUAGUACUUCUUGAAGAAUUCUCCAAGGAUCCUGAACCAAUAGUCUCUCAGAGUUGUGAAGUGGCCUUGAGCAUGUUGGAGUUUGAGAAAGAGGGAAAAUCCUUUGAGUUUUUUUUCAUGCAGACGCCUCAAAUUUCAGAGCCAAGCACGAUGUGCUAGCCGAUCUUGUGCCCAUUUCAUUGAAGGGAAUGUCUUCUUAAUGAACUAGAUAAAAUUUUAAAAUAAUUAACCUUAUUUACUUGUUUAUGAAGAACUGAAAAAAAGAAGAAAAAGUGUCUCCUAAUUCAUAAGAGGGGUAUAUACACCAAAAGGAUAUUACAUUUGAUUUUGUUUUUUGUUUUUGCUUAAGGAAUUAGUUAGAUUAAAUAGCUUAUUCGGUCAAAAAGAGUUUAUAUGUAAUAUUAAGUUUUUAUGGACCUAGUUACUUUAUAUUUAUAUAUAUAUAUA